CAUACUUUUUCGCAUUUAGACGCUGCCGCUGCCGCUCUUAAAGGAGACGCAACCCAAACAGGCCUGUUGUUGGUUAAAGAAAUAUGAGGUUUGCUAUAGCUUUAAGAAGUAAAUAAUGCUGGAUGUUGUUAAAAUCAUAUCCACUAUACAACGUUAGUUUUAUCUUAAUGAGCUAGUUAAUUAAAUGGUUGUGUGGUGAAUAAAGAUUGACCGAGCUAACAAACAGGGCCUUGAACGUUACGUUACUCUGUCGUUUUACAUGUCGAUAGCUCAUCGCAAAGGUGUGCAUUAUUAGGCUCACAUAACAGUUAAAUAAGAGCAGCAUGGACUCAGAUGAGGACGAGCUUUCAGCUAACGUUACUGGUCCCGGGACUAAAACAACCGGAGACUUAACGCGGAAGGCCCCCAAACCGUCCCCGGACUCGACUGAGCCGUCCAGCGGGAGAAGAGGAAGUAAAAGGCUGCUGAACGCCGCAGUGACCCCCCCGGACUCUGGAGACUCUCGAGCGGGUGCUCGUGUUUUGCGAGCCCGGGGAGCUGGAGCUGGCUGCAGGGCUAACGUUAACAAUGAGUCCAAGAAUGCCUCCUGCCUGCAAACCCCGGAUACGAGCAAGCACCGCGGACGUGGGAGACCUGCAGGGUCCAGAAACACACCGGCCGUGCAACCUGCUGCUUUAAAGAAAUCCACAGCCAAAAAAGCAUCCAAACACAUUGUUGGACCAAAGCUGUUCAAAACUAGAACAGGCAAAGGGAGACGUUCAACCCGAGCCUCUCGCACCACAUCAGCAGCAGCAUUCAAGCCUGAAGCAGAGACGAACGUUUCAUCAUGUGGAGAGGAAACUGGUUCUUUGAAAGGAAGCAAUGACAGCGUUGCAGAUCCAGAUGACGAGGAGCCUCCAUUCAGAGAGGACAUCAUCUAUAAACCUGAGACGAAGAUGGAAAAAUCAAGGUGGCUUACAAUGUCAAAACAAAUGGAGGUGAAGAAAGAGGAGUCAGAAAAGGAGGAUGAAGAAGACAUUAAACAGGAAGAGUCAACCGAGCUUGUUGUGCAGAGUGAAGAUGGAGUGGGCACUAACACAGAGCCACCCAGGAAGAGAGGUAGACAACAGAAAGAUGACAAAGCCCCUCGGCUGCCGAAACAAAGGAAAAAGCCCCCUGUGCAGUACGUCCGCUGUGAGAUUGAAGGAUGCGGUACGGUCUUGGCCCACCCACGCUACCUGCAGCACCAUAUCAAAUACCAGCACUUGCUUAAAAAGAAGUAUGUGUGUGAUCACCCCUCCUGUGGUCGCUUGUUCCGUCUGCAGAAGCAGCUGCUGCGCCACGCUAAACAUCAUACAGUGCGUUCACUCUGUCUCUCAGAUCAGAGGGAUUACAUCUGUGAGUUUUGUGCUCGAGCCUUCAAGAGCUCCCAUAACCUGGCAGUGCACCGGAUGAUUCACACGGGAGAGAAGCCCAUACAGUGUGAGAUCUGCGGUUUCACCUGCCGUCAGAAGGCCUCCUUAAACUGGCACAUGAAGAAGCAUGAUGCAGAGGCCUCCUACACCUUCUCCUGCUCCAUCUGCAGCAAAAAGUUUGAGAAAAAGGACUCUGUUGUUGCCCACAAGGCCAAGAGCCACCCCGAGGUGCUCAUAGCUGAAGCCCUCGCAGCUAACGGGGGCUCAGUGAUAAUAAGCAGCCCAACCCCAGACAUUCCCCCCGUACUCACCCCAGAGACCGCGACCCCGGACUGUGUCCCCGUGCUCAGACUGACUCCGCUGCAGCAGGUGGUGCUCCCGCUCACUCCGCACACUAUAGAUGUACAUCAGGGCCCGUUCCUCCAGCUGCCCACACAUCACGUGGUGCAGGUGGGACAUCAUCAGCAAGCCCCCACCCUGUUGCACCUCACCUCGCCUGCUCACUUCUCCAGCAUCAGCCACCCGCAGCUCAUCCAGCUCUCCACCCUUCCUGCCAGCACCGUCACAUCCAUGAGCGCGGCGGAGCCCCAGAGCACCCUUCUUACCCUGAGCUCUGUCACCUCCCUGGCCUCCCAGCAGGCUGUGCAGUGGGGCAGGGGGGCUCACGAGGAUGGUCCUCUGCCUGGGGAGGGAGAGCUGUGGGACCGGGUGGUGGUGGGUGGGGGUCAUCAGGAUGUAGGGGACAUGAUGUGGGAGGGUAACGAGGAGGGGAGGAAAGAAGAAGAGGAGGUGUGGGAGAGAGAAGGGGGGAGACAGAUUCUGUUACAGUGUGCUGAGGCGCAUGGAGAUACUUUAAUGUAGAGAGAGUAAAAGAAGAUGAGCUGACAUGCUAAAUAUAACAGAGUGUAACACAUUAGUCAUAUAAAGAUUGACUUGUAUCAGGGAGUUAGAUUUAUAAUAGUAUAGAUUCUUUUACCACGUGAUGAAUAUUUUGUAACAUUUUGUCGUGUGUGUGUGUGUGUGUGUGUGUGUGUGUGUGUGUGUGUGUGUGUGUGUGUGUGUGUGUGUGUGUGACAACAUUUGUAUAGCUUAAAAAGACUGCAAGAUGAUUGUACAUAUUGUACAAGAAGGUGACAUGCAUGUCCCUCGUGUCCAGAUGUGAAUGGAUGAAUGACCCUCGUACUUUCACUUAGUUAAGAGUUAGAGACACACUACGACCCAGUGUCAAAGAACCUGUAAUAUUACAAUAAAAUACUAAAGAAAAGAUAAAUGUCCUUCCUCGUCAUACUGUACAAUUCCAUCUGAUCAAAUGUGUUACAUAUUCUUGCUUUAAUAUUAAUUCAUAGAAUUUGCAGGCAGCAGUAUUAUGGUGGAAAUAGCUUUUGUGGAAAGUUACAUUAAUAAAAUAUGUGUUUUGCUCAUUUUCUAUCAACAAUAUGAUUAAAAAAAUAAGCGAUGCAUCGUAUAAAAUGAAAAGACAUGCUUUAAAGUCAGAGACUUAUCAGUUAUGAAUCUU